AUGAACAACCGCCAACAGACUACUCUACUCAAUGAAUCUCUGCAAUGGGAGGACCAUUGGAACCUUCGUCUUCCCAUGUACCAGGGAGGAGACUAUCGCGUCUUUCGAAUGGCUUGCUUUCGUGGCGAUCUCGAUGCACUAGCUAUUUGCGCGCAGCAUAACGCCGUGCCGACCAACGUUUCAUGGACAGAGCUGCGUGUAGGCCACUUGAAGCUCUAUGAUGGACCCAAAGAGCCUUUGCUCUUAAUCGAUGGGAACGAAGACGUGUACGAGGUGUGUGGUUUCUAUUCCUCCAUCCAAGGACCUUUCGGACCUGGCGACAUUCUGUCACUUGGAUUCUCUGAAGGCAAAUUCUCUACAGACAGAUUCAUCGAGGCAUGGCAACAGUUGUCGGACAGUGGAUACCAACUACACACCUUUAUGGAAAUAAAUAAUGGUAGCAUGCCGUUUCCUUGCUCCUCACAUCUUCUGCUGGCAAUGUUUCCGACUGCUAUUGACAGAGCCCAUCAUCAGAGUAUCUGCGACGUUAUCAAUUUCCUCUUCGAUAAGGGCCUGAGAGUUCCUUACCCAAAAGUCAGGGCUUGGAAUAAAGGACAGCGGCAAGGCUAUUAUAAUAUCGAAAGAAGAAAUAAGCCAAAUAUACUACAAGCAUUGCCGCAGCCCACCUGCCCGCCUUCCAUUCUCCAGCUCUUCCUGAAACAAGUCAACGACGAAGGUCUCACUUUCAAUUGGACGCGUUCGCAAUUGUAUCACGAGACUGGUUUGGAAGAAUUUUCGGAUUUUGUCGCGAUUGUAUUUGAUGACAUCUUCGCCCCCUGGACAUACAAAGCAGAGGGGGCCUGCAGCAUGGGAGACGAUCUCGAGGCGAAGAUUGGCUUAUUGACUGAGUAUCGGGACACUAAUGCUUUUGAGUUGUAUAUGCUUCGGGACAUUCUCGGGGCUUUGCGGAAAAUUGAGGCCAGAAAGGAAAGCCAAGGUGGUCUUGAUUUCGAACGCGAUGGAGUGUGGUGCUGGUAUCAGCUAUGCAUGGCAGUCAGCUAUAUCGCGGAUGAGGAUGUUCGACGACGAACAGUCGACCUCCAAUUUUCAAGCCCAGAAGACUCACAGAUGAUCCAGCCCUAUCUCAGACCAUCGUGGUACGCUCCGGACUGUUUGGCAUGGGCGAGGAGAGUGGAGCUCAUUAUAAGAGCUGCUAUGUCUGGGCAAGACAGCAGUGAGUACCUGGAAGCCGCAUCGCUUGUUUUGAUAGAAUAG